AAUAUAGCGCACUGAGGUCGAUUUCGGACUAUCAGCGCGUGUUAUCAGAACGCAGAAGCGCUCGUGUGUCACGUGACGGUGACGUCAGUCGCCCUGCGUUACUGUGCGCCACUGAUGCAGGGGGAUCCAUCAUGGCGUCGAUGCAGAAAAGGUUACAGAAAGAACUGCUAGCCUUGCAGAAUGAUCCACCCCCUGGAAUGACCCUAAAUGAGAAGAGCGUACAGAACACCAUCACACAAUGGAUUGUGGAUAUGGAAGGAGCCUCUGGUACUCUUUAUGAAGGGGAGAAAUUUCAGCUUCUAUUUAAAUUUAGUAGUCGUUAUCCCUUUGACUCACCUCAGGUAAUGUUCACAGGAGACAAUAUACCUGUCCAUCCCCACGUUUAUAGCAAUGGCCACAUCUGCCUGUCCAUCUUAACGGAGGAUUGGUCACCAGCUCUUUCGGUGCAGUCUGUUUGUCUUAGCAUUAUUAGCAUGCUGUCUAGCUGCAAAGAGAAGAGGCGGCCACCUGAUAACUCCUUUUAUGUACGGACAUGUAAUAAAAAUCCAAAGAAGACAAAAUGGUGGUAUCAUGAUGACACCUGUUAAUAUGAACUUUCUAGAACUCCCGGAGGGAAGAAGUCCUACUGACCUAUAAAAGCACUUUUUUAAAUCAUAUGGUCUCUGAACUUUAACCUUGGACUCAAACUCAAGCAUGGACUCAGACCACAAACAUGGGAGAUGAUGUCAGCUGUGUUACCGGUAACCAGUUGGAUGCAUGUUUGGGGGGAAAAAAAACCAGAUGAAGAAAGGAAAUAAAUUUGAAAGAGAAUGGAAACGGACCCAUCAUCUAUUUGGUGUGGAGAAAUGUAGAUUUAUCCAGGAAGAAUUAAUUCUUUUUGUAGUGAGAUUGCUUUGUCUUGGACCACACACACACACGUUCCUGUUCUUUUUUGUCAUUGGUAUGUUUUAGGGUCCAUGUGUCUCGUGCAAUAACAAGGAUGGGUGCGUAACAGGGCCAAUAAUGAGAAAUCCAAAUCAUAUUGUUGAAAUCCAAAACAAAUCUGGAAAAGAUUGUAGUGUCCCUUUGCUUAUCUUUCCUCUUAUUCCUACUGAAAUUUAUAUGCACUGUGAAAUGAUUUAAGAAAAGAAGAGUUCAUUGCAGUUCUACUGAUGGUGCGCCACUUCAGGGGGUAAAAUUCGGAUGCUUCACUGUAAAUAGUUUAAUUUAAGAACGGUACAGUUUUAUCUGAUUCAUCGCCAGUUCUGAUAUCACAACAAAUGGUGUUUUCAUUGUCUGUUAUGCUUGUUCAGAUUAUAUUUGCUCUGUAUGAGCAUUAAAACCAACCUUGACCAUCCAUGGACUCAUAUUUACCUCUACCAAGUCGUAUGGGAUGGAACCAGUGUUCUACGUAGUUUUGGCAUUGAAGCGAAGCUAGGUAACCCAAUAUAUUGAAUGUUGGCAACAAAGUUCCGUCUUGUUCUAUCUUAUUUGUAUAAAAUGUUUUGUAUUGAGAUGUCAGCUCAAAUCUCUUUAAACUAUUCCAUUUUAAAUGUUUUCUUCCUUGAUUGCUUUCACAUUAUUAUUUUUUUUUUUUGGUCAUGCUUUUACUUUUUUUUUUUGGUACAAGUAAUGAAAAAAGUUGAAGAAUGGCAGUAUGUUUGGGAAUGUAUGUCUUAUUUAAUUCUGGGUACUUGUUUUAUUCUCUGUAACCUCAGAUGGUUUGGAAGUUAUUGUGGUUUGUAUAUUCUCAAGAUGUUGAUUAUCCUGGUCAUACUUGUCUGGCUCAGGUAAUUUUUUCAAGGAAGACAAAAAAAAAAUCACAAAUAUUCCUGAAUAUUUUCCAUUCGAUUGUAUUUUCUCCUAAAGGACUGUUACAUAGUUAAAAAAAAUUGAUGCAUUUAACUCUUAAAAGUGAAAUUACUUAACUAAACUGGCAGCAUGGUCUAUAUGUAGAUAGACAAAUGAUUUAUUCAGAGCACAUAUUUGAUAAUGUUUGGAUCCUGCACUUUUUCCACAAUUAAAUUAUUUUAUUUCUCCAAAAAUGAGUGUUACUAGGGUCAAAGAUUAUCAGUAGUUUGGCCUUUGUUAUCUGUAAUAAUAAUAACAAAAAAAAAAAAAAAAACCUCUGUCCACAACAGUUAUAUAUGUUUGAUGUACGAUAUCUGAUUGGUAAUGUUUGAUUUCACACUGUUGAUUAACUUAAUACACUCCAAAGAUGUAUUUUUUAGCCAUUUAUUCAGAAAUACUUGAAUAUUCCAAACCUGGUUGGCUUGUCUUCUUUUCCAUUUUCUGUGGUACUUCCAAGUGAAUGUGUUGGUGUAGAAAAAAAUGGAGAUGGCCAUGACUCUUCCCUCUGCACACAAUAUCAGGAUACUUUGUGUUACACAUGUAAUUGUCCUUACUACUGAAAGAAAAUGUUUGACAACAGGGCUAAACUUGAAUGUGUGAUUGGCAUUUGAGAAUUAAAUUGGUGUUAUAUUGGACACCUGUCAUCAUUUGAAAGGAAGUUAAUAAGUGUAUAUGGUUAAGUAGACUUGGGUAUCUCUGAACAGUUUUUUUGUUUGUUUGUUUGUUUAAUGAAGGGUUCUAAUUAAAUUUUGGUUUGCAAGUUAUAAGAGGUGAUAGUUAUUUUUCUUAUUCUUUCUUUGAGUUUUUUUGGUAUGUACAAAUUAUGUAAGUUGUGCCUGUUAAUUUAAAAAUAAAAAUACAGGUUUUGA